UGGGCUCCAUCUAACAAGCGACGAGCUCUGAGGAAGCAAGAAACUGCUGGAUUGGGUCAAUUGCAAUGGAGAAGACCACUGAGAAGAUGGUGGAACUAUGGCUGCUAUCCUGUGGCUUACCGUACACCAGGCCUCCCCACCAGAUCCGCAGUGUGCAGUGUUCAGAAGUGAAAAGGCUUGUUGAAGGUUAUUAGGCCUACUCCUCUUGUGUAGCCAUUUUGAAGUUUGCAACCUCUGUCCCUCGUGAAAAGGAGGAACGAUGACUUUUUAUAGUUUCUGUUUGCUCCUCUUUGCGUUUACUUGGAAUACCUCUGCCUAUGCCUAUGGACCGAAUCAAAGGGCACAGAAGAAAGGAGACAUUAUUCUUGGGGGGCUGUUCCCCAUUCAUUUUGGAGUGGCUGCUAAACACCAGGAUCUGAAAUCUAGACCAGAAUCCGUUGAAUGCAUAAGGUAUAAUUUUCGUGGUUUCCGUUGGCUUCAGGCAAUGAUCUUUGCCAUUGAGGAAAUUAAUAACAGCCCAACACUUCUUCCCAACAUGACCCUUGGAUACAGCAUAUUUGAUACCUGCAACACGGUCUCCAAAGCCCUGGAAGCCACGCUGAGUUUUGUGGCCCAAAACAAGAUAGACUCUCUGAAUCUGGAUGAGUUCUGCAAUUGCUCAGAGCACAUUCCCUCCACGAUCGCAGUGGUGGGAGCAACUGGUUCUGGGAUCUCUACUGCCGUGGCCAAUCUUCUGGGUCUCUUUUACAUACCUCAGGUUAGCUAUGCUUCAUCCAGCCGUCUGCUGAGCAACAGGAAUGAGUACAAAUCUUUCCUGCGUACCAUACCCAACGACGAACAUCAGGCCACCGCCAUGGCAGACAUUGUCGAGUACUUCCGCUGGAACUGGGUGGGCACCAUUGCGGCAGAUGACAAUUACGGCCGGCCAGGAAUCGAAAAGUUCAGGGAAGAGACCGAGGAGAGAAACAUCUGCAUUGACUUCAGUGAGCUCAUCGCACAGUACUUGCCCGAGGACCAGAUCCAGCAGGUGGUGAAAGUCAUUGAGAAUUCCACAGCGAAGGUGAUAGUCGUUUUCUCAAGUGGCCCCGAUCUGGAACCCCUGAUCAAAGAGAUUGUGACACGUAACAUCACUGGCAGGAUUUGGCUGGCCAGUGAAGCCUGGGCCAGCUCUUCGCUGAUAGCUAUGCCAGAGUUCUUUCACGUCAUGGGCGGCACAAUUGGAUUUGCUCUGAAGGCAGGGCAGAUCCCCGGCUUCCGCAACUUUCUGCGGAAGGUGAAUCCGAGGAAAUCGGUUAACAAUGGAUUUAUCAAAGAGUUUUGGGAGGAGACUUUUAACUGCUACCUGGCAGAUAGCAACAAAAAUUAUCCAGGUUCUGCUUCUUUCCAGAAGAGCCGCGAAGAAGGCAUUGGAGUUGGAAAUGGCACAAGUGCCUUCCGCGCCCCCUGUACUGGGCACGAAAAUAUCACCAGUGUGGAGACUCCUUACAUGGAUUAUACUCACCUGCGGAUAUCCUACAAUGUAUACUUGGCCGUAUACUCCAUUGCCCAUGCUUUGCAGGAUAUAUACACUUGCACCCCUGGGAAAGGACUGUUCACCAAUGGGUCAUGUGCUGACAUCAAGAAAGUGGAAGCAUGGCAGGUACUGAAGCACCUGCGGCACUUGAACUUCACAAACAACAUGGGAGAGCAAGUGGAUUUUGACGAAUCUGGGGGCCUGAUAGGGAAUUACUCAAUCAUCAAUUGGCACCUGUCACCAGAGGACGGCUCCAUUGUCUUUGAGGAAGUUGGACACUAUAAUGUUUAUGCCAAGAAAGGAGAGAGGCUGUUUAUCAAUGAGAACAAGAUUCUGUGGAGUGGGUUCUCCAAGGAGGUGCCGUUCUCCAACUGCAGCAUAGACUGCCCGCCAGGCAGAAGAAAAGGCAUUCUCGAGGGGACAUCUACUUGUUGUUUUGAAUGUGUGGAGUGCACUGACGGGGAGAUCAGUGAUGAGACAGAUUCUAGUGCCUGUGAGAGGUGUGAUGAAGACUUCUGGUCCAACGAAAACCACACAUUCUGCAUUCCCAAGCAAAUAGAAUUUUUGUCUUGGACAGAGCCGUUUGGGAUCGCUCUCACCCUUUUCGCUAUACUAGGCAUCUUCCUCACAUCGUUUGUCCUAGGGGUCUUUACCAGAUUUCGCAACACACCCAUCGUCAAGGCCACAAACCGCGAACUCUCUUACCUCCUCCUCUUCUCCUUGCUGUGCUGCUUCUCCAGCUCCCUUUUCUUCAUUGGGGAGCCCCAGGACUGGAACUGCCGCUUACGGCAGCCGGCCUUUGGCAUCAGCUUUGUCCUCUGCAUCUCCUGCAUCCUGGUGAAGACCAACCGCGUCCUCCUGGUCUUUGAGGCCAAGAUACCCACAAGCCUCCAUCGCAAGUGGUGGGGCCUUAACCUCCAGUUCCUGCUGGUCUUCCUGUGCACUUUUGUGCAGAUAGUCAUCUGUGUCAUCUGGCUCUAUACGGCUCCCCCUUCCAGCUAUCGGAAUCAUGAACUGGAAGACGAGAUCAUCUUCAUCACCUGCAAUGAGGGCUCCUUGAUGGCACUGGGCUUCCUGAUCGGCUACACAUGCCUCCUGGCCGCUAUCUGCUUCUUCUUCGCUUUCAAGUCCCGCAAGCUGCCUGAGAACUUCAACGAGGCCAAAUUCAUCACCUUCAGCAUGCUGAUCUUCUUCAUUGUUUGGAUCUCUUUUAUCCCAGCUUACGCCAGCACCUACGGCAAAUUUGUCUCGGCUGUGGAGGUGAUCGCUAUACUGGCUGCCAGCUUUGGGCAGCUGGCUUGCAUCUUCUUCAACAAGGUCUACAUCAUCCUCUUCAAGCCCUCGCGCAACACCAUCGAGGAGGUGCGCUCCAGCACCGCUGCCCAUGCCUUCAAGGUGGCUGCCAAGGCUACACUGCGGCGCAGCAAUGUGUCCCGCAAGAGGUCCAACAGUCUUGGAGGCUCCACAGCCUCGACGCCAUCCUCGUCCAUCAGCAGUAAAAGCAACCAUGAAAAUCCCUUUUCGCUGCCAAGUCCUGUGGACCACCACCAGCCACAUGGGUGCAAGCAAAAGGUGAGUUUUGGCGGCGGGACUGUCACUUUCUCUCUGAGCUUCGAGGAGCACCGGACAAACGCAGUAGCCAACCGGAAUGCAAAGCACAGGAACUCACUGGAAGCCCAAAACAGCGACGACAGCCUCAUGCGCCACAAGGCCCUGCUUCCUCUGCAACCCAGCGAACCACGAGGCAACGAGCCCAAUUUCCAGAUGCCCUCAAUUCAAGACUCCAACACACAGGAACCAGUAAUGGCAGAAGCCAAGCAAGAAGGGCAAAACUCGGAAGAAGAGCAACCUUCUUUGUCAGAUGCAUACUUGCGGGAUUUUGUAGGCAAUGACUCCAUCCUAGAGAACGCCAUCCAUUCAUAAUCAAAGAAAAAGGAGUCUUAUUUCCCCCUGCUCUUCUCUAAAACAGGGGGGGAAAGGACUGGAUACAUCUGCAACACAGCCAGCCACUUCUUACAGUUAGAAUCAGCAGGAUAAACUCACCUCCAAAGGGCUGUUGAGGGUGGGAGGGGGAAGAAAAUGCCUGGUGAUCCUUUUAGUGAACGUCUGUGCUGGUUGUGGAAGAUAUGAGGAGAAGAAACCCGCUGGAAGGACUAGUACUUUUUUUCCCCCAGCUGGGUUUUAGCAGAUUUUUUUGUGGAGUUUAUCAUCGUUCUACCCUAGUGGUCCAAGGCCACCAACUUGCUGGUUAGUGAACACCUCUGAACAAUUCUAGUAACGUGCUCUGCUUUUACAUUGAUGUAUAUUAUCCCUUUUCUUCAUGGUGUGUAAUAGCCCCUCUUUAUAUGUAAAACUGCUUAGCCACAUUGCAACAAGGAAAACCUUUCUGCUUUACACAAAACAGGACACACAGUUUGACAUAGGGGGACGUCGUCCUCCAAGCCCCAGGGAAACAUGCUAAACGAAUUUCAGCUGUUGCCCUCCACGUAUUUAAAAAUAAGAAGACAUCGC